UGCGGGUUGGCCCUCAGCCCACUUGCCUGCUCAGCUGAUAGACCAGGAUCAGCUCGUAUCACUACUUCCGGUUUAUCAAAAGAUUUAGUGAAUAUUAAAGAUCCUAAAAAAAAAUUAUCAGAUUAUAUUAACUUAGAUGAAGAAGAUAUAUGA